GUGUUCGUCUCAACGUAGCACGAAACGUGUCUCUCCUCUCAGCAAAGACACACACACUAACGUGAGACGUGCUGGAUAACGGUUUUUUUGCUAUUGAAAGUUUUGUUUUUGUCGCCUUAAGAUUGCUUCGAUGCUAUACUGUGUAUAUUAAAACAUUCCGCUUGUGAAACGCAAUAUUUAUUAGCCAAGAGCAGCCGACUUCGUUUCUACUAAAGAGUGUCCGCUUCUCCUCCCCUCGAUGAAGCGCUGCGAUGCCCUCUGAUUUUAUAUCCCUCCUUAGCUCGGAUAUCGACCUCAAUUCCCCCAAAUCUCUAUACUCUAAAGAGUCGGUAUAUGACCUCCUCCCCAAAGAGCUCCAGCUCCAGCCGUCGUCCGCCCAGACAGACCCACCCACCAUGAGCCAGAAGAGUGGGGGAGAGGCGGGACCUCCCCCCUCUGCAGCUUUGGCCUCAGAUGCCACCUCUUCCACCUCCAGCCCCUCUGCCUCUUCCUCCCUGGCCAUGGGAGUUCCAUCCUCUGGCCCCUCUACCUCAUCCUCAGACCACCUCAAGGUUGCCCAGCAUCUCCACUCCACCGGAGGGGAUGGAGCUGGAGCUUCAGAGAUGCAAGGUAUGGAGGGUGCUGUAUCUGCCCCCAGCAGAGGCAACAGUGGAGCAAACACCGCAGCAGGAGAUAUAGGGUCAGGAGUGUUGUCAGGGCUAGGAGUCCAGCAGCCUCAGAACACCCCCUCUAAACGAAGGCCUGUGUUGAGCAUAUCCCCACCACCUGAGGACCUAUUUGACGACAGCCAGAUGUCUUGCCAAGAGGAACCUGCAGCAUCUGGUGCACCAGGUCCAGACUCAGAGCAUAGCAGCAGCAUGUGGGCUGAUGAUUCUGUCUCCAACUUCAGUCUGAUCAGCACCGUCUCCUACAACGACAACACAGAGGUGCCGCGGAAGUCUAGAAAACGCACCCCUCGUCAGCGGCCUGGUCCAAAACCUGCUCCUCCGGAGGACAGCAUGGAUGUGUUUGAUGCUGACAGCGCCAAGGCCCCUCACUUUGUCCUGUCCCAGCUGGGCACAGACAAGACCAGUCCCAUGGCCAGCUCUCUUGAGUCAGGGACUGCAGUUAAAGGUGGGUCACUGUCUGCUCAGUUUCCCCAGAGGAGUGACGGGAAGGAGCUAAAGAUCCUUGUGCAGCCAGAGACCCAGCACAGAGCUCGCUAUCUGACUGAGGGCAGCAGAGGUUCUGUCAAAGAUCGCACACAGCAGGGAUUCCCCACUGUCAAGUUGGAGGGUGUUAGCGAACCUGUUGUGCUGCAGGUGUUUGUAGCAAAUGAUGCAGGCAGAGUGAAGCCUCAUGGUUUCUACCAGGCGUGCAGAGUGACGGGACGCAACACGACUGCCUGCAAGGAGGUGGACAUAGAAGGCACCAUUGUUAUUGAGAUUCCUCUGGAGCCCAGCAAUGACAUGACACUCGCGGUGGACUGUGUAGGUAUUUUGAAGCUUCGUAAUGCAGAUGUGGAGGCCCGUAUUGGAGUGGCAGGGUCCAAGAAGAAGAGCACACGUGCCAGACUGGCCUUCAGAGUCAACAUCCCCCAACCUGAUGGAUCAGUCCUUACUUUACAGGUCCCCUCAUCACCCAUCCUCUGCACCCAGCCAGCAGGAGUGCCAGAGAUCCUGAAAAAGAGUCUUCACAGCUGUUCUGUGAGAGGAGGAGAGGAAGUUUUUAUAAUCGGAAAGAACUUCCUCAAAGGAACCAAAGUUAUUUUUCAAGAGAACAUUGCAGAUGAUAAUUCCUGGCAAGCGGAGGCAAAGAUUGACAUGGACCUUUUUCAUCAGAAUCAUUUGAUAGUGGCAGUCCCUCCGUUCCACAACCAGUCAAUCACUUCUCCUGUUUCGGUGGGAAUCUUUGUGAUGACCAACGCUGGUAGAUCACAUGACGCUCAGCCCUUCACCUACACUCCAGAGUCAGCUGAUAACUCAAAUGUCCGGACAGUAAAAACAGAGGGUCCCUCCCUGGUCAAGACCUGUAUAUUUGAUGACCAGAUCAAAUCUAUGUCCUCUGAGCGAACUGACUGCGCUGGCCAGCCUUCGAAACGGCAGGAGGACACACCAAUGGAAGUGUCUAGCAAUCCACCACCAACAGACGUCUUUAAACCAUCCCCUGACCCUCUUAUCUCAGUGCAGCAGACCCUGGAGCUCAGCUCUAGUCCUCAUCCAGGUGGAGAGUCCUUCCAGAGCCCGAUGCCCCUGCAACCUGAAGACGUGGAGCUUCCUCAAGCACCUCCUGUCUUCCCUAGCUUGGAGUCUCUCAGCACCAUACAAAAGCAAGACAUUGCCCCCCCAACCUCCUUCCCAGUGUCAGGAGACACCACAAUCCCCCCAGUGACACCAGAGGUCCCUCAGCAGUUCCUCAGAGACCCUCAGGAAAGCUUACCAACCGAAAGUUCUAAUAAUGGUGGCGGGGUCGUGGUUGUGGCAAUGCCCCAGAUAGCUGCUCCCUCUCAGCCACAGCCACAGCAGUCGCAGGUUCCCCUCUUUCCCCAGGAAGGGGUGGCCCAGCUGGAGAGGGCAGUUAGGGAGCUGCAGGCUGGAGGUAACGCCGCAUUCCAGCAGGUGUUGGAGGCAGCUGUGGCCCAGCAGCAGCUGAACUCGGUGCUGUACAGCCCCACGCCUUCUGCAGAGUCGCUUCAGCAGCAUGUCCAGGAAAACAUGAACAGCCUCAGACUAGGAAGUACAGAUAAUUCUCUAUCAGCACAGCAACAGCUACAGAUACAACAGCAGCAGCAAAUACAACAGCAGCAGCAAAUACAACAACAGCAGCAGCAACAGCAACAAAUUCAGCAGCAGUUUCAACAACAUCAGCAACUGCAGCAACAACAGCAAAUCCUUGGAAACCUUCAGCAUCAACAGCAGCAGCAACACCUACAGCAGCAACAGCAGCAAGUCCUCAACAACAUGCAGAUCCAACAACAACUUAUAUUGCAGCCACAAGACCAACAGCAACUGCAGCAACAGCAAAUCAUGGAGAACAUUCAGCAGCAGCAACAACAGCUGCAACAGAAUCAGCAACAAGUCCUUAACAAUAUUCAGUUGCAGGAUCAGCAACAACAAAGUCAAAUUCUUACCAAUUUACAACAACAUCAACUACAGCAGCAGCAGCAGCAACAACAGCAGCAGCAAAAUCAAGCACUAAGCAACCUGCAGCAGCAACAGCAGCUACAAGAGCAGCAGGUCUUGGAGAACUUGCAGCAACAUCUUCAGGCUGAGUUGCUCCAGCCCCAGAUCCACUCCUCCCCCCAAGUGCAGCAGCCAGUCUCCCUCCUUCAACAGGCUGGAGAACUGCUUACCAUCCAGACCAGCUUCCCAACACAACCUCCAUCUCACACUUCUCCCCCACAGCAACUCUUCCAGUCGCCCAGGCCCCUGGCUGACACCCAGGGCUCCCAGCAGCAGGUCCAGGCUGCCCUACUCCAAAAUACACUGACUGUUCUCACCGGUGGCGGUCUCAGCUCAGAGCAGCAGUCCACAGGGUCAACUUUAUAUCUGUCCCCAAACCCUCAGCCCCAACAACAGCAACAGCAGCAGCUGGCAUUCAUUUCCUCCAUGGAGACGUCUACCAGCCAGCCUCAGUCUGUCGCAAUGUUUCAGAAUCCACCCCAAGCUCAGCUUUCACAAAUGCAGCAACAGAGCACUCCCAUGGAGCAGCAGCAGUCUCCACAGCAGAACCAACAGCAGCCACCACAGCUUCCGAUGGGACAGCAAGGCUCCUUAUUCCAAAGCAUCCCAAACCACUCACAGGCUAACCCCGUUCCCCAGAGCCAACUUUCACAACCCCAGCAAACAGGUCUGCUUCUCUGCACCACUGAUCUUAACCCCCAGGCUAUUCCCCCAACUAUUCUCUUCAGCACACAGACCCAAGGCCCGUCCCCAAUGGGGAGCAUAAGUGUUGGAAUCCCCCAGCAAGACUCAGCAGAGCCCAUGUCUUUCCAAGACCAGAGCUCUGCAGGCAGCAACACAACACCUUCAGAGAACCAACAGCAGAGCCUUUUCCAGGAACAGCAACCAAUGCAAGUGGGCCCAAGUCCCAGCCGCGUCCCAAACAGUCAACCUGUGGAGCUGUUUUUACCACAGACAUCCCUGUCCAGCUUGCAGACCACUAUUGGCUCACAAGAGCUCAACAACCAGGCUCCAGCCCCUGGCACAACCAUCUUUGUGGUGCAGGGUGGUGUGGGUGUGGUAGCCAACCCUGGCCAGCAGCCUCCAGAGCAGCUUUUCCAGACGACCGUGGGUGGCAGCGUGGCUCCACAAGGACAGGCCAACCUGUUUGUUUUUGGCAUCCAGAAUGACUCAUCCCAGCUGCUCAGUUCUUCUGGAGCCACCAUGCCAGCCCAGAGCCAGGCCCAGAACUCCAGUCACAUGCAGCCUCUGUUGGAUCAGCCCAUGGCCCAAGCUGCCUCCUCGAUGCCAGCAACCAUGCACAGCAAUCUGCAGAACACCCUCCAGGCACAAAUGCAGUCGAGCUUAGAGAUGCAGACCGGCCUAGAAAAUGCAAUGCAGACAAACACACAAACAGCUCUGCAGUCCAGUUUACAGGCGACCAUAGAAACAAGCCUGCCGACUCCGAUGCAGACCAGUCUACAGACCCAGAUACAGAGCAGCUUACAGAAUCAAUUGCAGGCAUCUAUAUCUGCAUCGUCCAACAUGGAUAAAAUUGAGGACCUACUGGAAACCCUACAGAAGCAGUGAUACGUGUUUGGACCAUGUGGGCACUAAGGAGAGUGAGUGAUAUGUAGCCGAGAGUUGUACAUCCUAAAAUCAACAAACAGAAUGGCGGUGCGAGUUUUGUGCCAGUGUGCCACAAAACUUUGAAAAUUUUAAAUAUUUAAGAAUUAAAUCCCCCCCCUCCUCCUUUUACUGAAAACCCAAAUUAUGAGCUCAAGUAACUUUGUUUUUAUGAAAUAUUUAUCAUUAAUUAUAGCCUCCGUCCUUCCAUUGUUCUUGAAUUGAUGAAUCCGCCUUUGUUAUUACUCCUCUUGCAGGAUCAGAGAGGCCUGUAAUAACUGCUUUAUCCAUCAGUCUCGAAAAUGCAGUGUUUUGUUGUCAGAGUGUUUUAAUAAUGUGAGCCUAAGAGAUGAUGAUGAUGAUGAUGAUGAUUUAAAAACCUACCAGGUUCGGUGGAAAAACUGGAAAGGGAUAAAGAAUGUCAGCAACAGGGAAACAGAAAUAGCAACUUGAUGGCGAGUAGUCUGUAAGAGCAGGCAGAGUAGAUAAAACAGCCAGUUAUGGAGUGAAUAUCAGAUUGCACAUAAGUGUCAGAUAAAGGCUGAAUCUCAUUUUGUGAGUGUGUAAACUCCGAGCCUUCCCUUCACUCUGAGAAGCGGAGGCUGCGAGUUGUGCUUUUUUUUUUUUUUUUUUGGUCUUUUUUUUUUUUCCAUCAUGUGAAGCGGCAGUAAAAACGGGAGAUUACCUGGCGUGAGAACAGGAACGAAAUCAUGUUACAACCACUUGAUUUAAACUUCUUUUGACGUGGACAACACAAGCAUUUUUGCAACUAAUCAAACCUUGUGUUUGCAUAUGUCAACAACUUGACUAAGAUCUACUCUAAGAGUACAGAUUAUUAGAUGGUAGAAUUCUUUCUAGAAUAAUGUAUUAACGUUUUGCAGAACAAUAUUUGCUGGCGUGGCCGGAGUCUGCUCCUGAGCAUUCUCUGUCGGAGGGAGGACAGUGAAAUAUUGGUAUCAGCUCCACUUUGCAAACAUGAAAGUAACUUGCUCACCAAAAUGUGGUAUCGAGACAUUCUGUUAUUCCUGUUAUCAUUUAGAAAGAGGAGGGAAUAUCACACACUUGCAAAUGAGAUUCAACCUGGUGAAAUAAUGUGACUUGGCCUUUGUUUUGGCACCUCCCAGUGUUUUCAUAUGUUCAGGCCUCAUCACUGGGUUUGCAGAAGCUUUUUCGGUGAAAAUUUUAAAUAGCAUUCAACUAUGUAGUGUGUGUCUUUUUUUUUUUUUUUUUUUUUUUUUUGCUUUGAAGAACUUGGUAACCUUUACCAAUUCAUUGUGGAUAGAAAGAAACUUUCCACUAGUGAAAAUGGAGUGUCGUGUGGUUUUAUAAACAUUUUAUCUCAAGCACUUUAUAACCUCUUUUGUGUAACCUGCUAAUCCUUAUAUCCGUCCACAGCUCUCUCUCUACUGACCUAGCUGAAUUUGUACUCCGAAACGUCCAGUUAAAAAAAUACAAGAGAAAAAAAACAAAAGAAGAACAGCAGUCAUCUUUGUAAAAGUAAAUACAUCGUAACCGAGCAUUUUUACAUUUUCUCAUGUCAGAAUAUUUUUGAGGUCUAGACAAACUUUGUAUAGAAUGUCUGCUCACUGUUGAAUCCCUCUUUGUAUUCAGUGGUCCAGUCAAGUCUGUCCCAAAAGAAAAACGACAACAAAAAACAGCCAUUUCCCACUAAAGCAUGGUCAUUUUUUCAGUGUUUGAGUGGUAAGUAGGCCUUUUGACAAAAAAGAAAAAACACCUAAAAUUACUGAUUUAUUUAGUCUGUGUCAUGAAAUGAAGGAUUUUCAUCGUUUUUUUUUUCUUUUCUUUUUUUUUUUAACCAACUCCUGUUCAGUCUGUCACUCGGGACUGUUCUACCUUGUCUUGUGUUAGAUGUUAAGUUUAUUGUUGGUAGCGUGUGCAGGUUGGCGCCGCGUGAAGUUGGCAUCCAGCACCCGUCCCUUGUGUUGUGAACAGGGGGCUCGCUGGUAAUCUGUUACAUAGAGGCCGCCAUUUUUAUCCAUGGUGCUAUGUACAGGAGUGAUGGGCACUUCUGCUGUGAUGUUUAGUACAUAACAGUUUAUACUAUCAAUAGCACUGGUAUUAGUCGUUAGCUACGAAGCAAAGUCGAGUCCUACGGAGCUGGCUGUUGUUGCAGGGGGGGGGUCAGACUGGAGUGCACCCAGGCAUACCAAAGUUCCUGUUGUGAAUCGUUGCCAUUUUGUCUCAUCCUCGUCCUUUGCGAAGCGCCCUCAUGAUGUUUACUCAUUUGUACUUUUAAAUUAUGCAGCUCUCACAUGGAUAGCAACUUGUUGUUUUACAAGAUUUAUAAAAGAUAUGUAAAGGUACUUUGUUUCAUGGAUCAGUUUAUCCGUCACUAACAUUUCCACCGAUUUGAUACUUUAUAUUUCUCAUUACUCUAUUUUUUUUUUUUUGAUGCAGAAUGACACUGCUGUACUUUCCAUAUCCAACAGUAGCCAAUUUGUCAUGAUCAGAAAGCCAAUUUUUUCGAGAAUAAUCCACGUGUUAGAAUAGCGUUUCGCUCGCGUUUGUUUACAUUUUCAUAGUCAUACUCUCUUUCGUCCUGCAAGCUGUUAGUGAUCCAUUUUAAAGUAACUUAUCUUUUUUAGAAUUUUGUAUCCAUGUAUCAAAAUGUAGAGUAUUUUUGUAAAACUAAACUUUUUGGUUGAUGCUCAUAUAGCACAGAAUAUCAUUGCUGGUGUGUUUUUUUUUUUUUUCCUGAAAUGAAGCGCAGGUUUAUUGUGAAGUGUAUGACUGAAAUUAGAAGUUAAGCGGACAUCACGCAAAUAUGUUAGACCUUCAUUCUACUGUUAUGAUAUUGAAUUUACCCAAACUGUAGGACAUGAUACGUGGGCUAGGUUUCUCGUGUGUGUGUGUCUGUGAGUGUGUGUGCGUUUUGUUUUUUUAACUUUUUUUUUUUAAUUUGUUUUUUAUGUCAUGCAUCUCAAAUGGCACUUUGACUCAUCCAUUAACUGUAGAUCAGGUUAGAGUGCAGUAGUGACGUUUCCAAGCAUUCCAUUCCUCUCGGUUAGGGGAGUUUUAAGAGCACAUGACGUUGUGGAAGAAGUGCGGAACAGUUAUGCCUCCUAAAGCCAUACCGACACAGAAAGCCAACCUGUGACUUCAGUUUCAUGAAUGUAAAUUUUACCUCAUGGUGUGGACACGGAGCUUGCUCUACAUCUAACAUCGGACCAAUUACAGUUUUAGAGAACUUAUAUUUCGAGGCAGAAGGGGAUGGGUGGGGUGGCACCAGCUGUCAUUCGUGUCACUGUACAUUCGUCGAAAUUGUUUCGUCUCGGAUUGUGGUGUAAUUUUCACGUUUUCGCGUCCAAGCCCUGUCAUUUCGAGCAAUCCAGGAUUCUCAGUCUUGACUCUUCGAAUAGCCACUCCCACCUGAAAAAAAACCCAUGUUCAACAUUGAUGUGAUGGUGGUGAAGAGAGCACACAAAUCUUUGCAUAAUAUCGUUUUUUGUUUUUUUUUUUUGUUUUUUGUCCUUCAGUCAUGUAAAUGAAUAUCCAUGUAUAUUUAAAUGUGAAAUAUACUGCAGGGGUAUCUUGAAUUUCAAUUGUGAUGCUUUCAACAGAACUUUGUGUGCCUUGAUAACUUAACCGUUGCUCUGCUGUGUUUACUGGUGUCCCUUUUGUGUCACUGCUCCUUGUCCUUUUUAUUCUCUAGGACUGUUUUAACAUGAGGACACUUUUCAGUCAUUUGAUUUUUAGAUUUCUCAACACAAACGUAACCAUAGCCCAUACUAAUAUAUUUUAGUGUUAACAGUUUCUCAAUCCAUUGCAAGAUAUCAGAGCGAUUACUCUCAACCUAAUAUUGUGCAGCUUCACCAGUGAAUUGUCACCUUGUUUGUUGUUUUCUAUUGAAAAUAUUUUUAUUUGUUUUUGUUCUUUUUUUUUUUUCAUGCCUCAUGAGAUUUGUACAUGUGAGGUAAAAGGGACGCGACAGUGGAGAUUGUUUUAUGGAGAACUUUCUUGUGUUGAUGUGCUUGUCAACAUUACUAUUGUUGCUGUGAAGUGCUUGAUCAAAAGGGGCAGCCAUGAUAAAUUAACUGUUAAUUGCCAAUAGUGUGAGCUGUAUCUUGUGUGUAAUCAGUUUGCUCACUUUUCCUAGUUCGCUUUCUAUUUCACAUUCUCCAACAGUUCUGUUGUAUCCGUUCUGUGUAGCUUGAGCUUUAGUAGCCUUAAGACCCUGCAGUAGGGAUAAAGGUCAACCCCCCAGCGUGUUAUCAUACAUAUGAACUAUUAUUAACAUGUACUUUGCCUUUGUCUGGACAUUUGUAUACUCUUCUGUUUAUAUCUGUAAUCCUGCUGCUACAUUAAAUGAAUUAAUAAAAA